AUGAAUCGCCCCGGCCAAAGCCAGCCGGUGCAGCAGCAAGCCGCCGGCGCUGCUCAGCCGCGCAGAUAUGACGGACAAAACGGCAACCCGUCGUACGACAUAAGCGCUGGCGGUCACUAUGGGGCAUGCCAGAAAAUUGCACUGAGUGGACAUGCGCCUCCCCCCGAGGUGUUUACCGGUGCGUGGGUCAACGUUGGUGCAGGUCUUACCGGCCAGUCACAGGAGAUCCUCAACACAUACUGGCAGAACCAAGUCACCAAACUCGAGACAGAUGAGCAUGAUUUCAAGCUGCACCAAUUACCGCUCGCCCGCAUAAAAAAGGUCAUGAAGGCCGACCCCGAAGUCAAAAUGAUCUCCGCCGAGGCUCCCAUUUUGUUUGCAAAAGGCUGCGACAUUUUCAUCACCGAGCUGACCAUGCGUGCAUGGAUCCACGCUGAGGAAAACAAGAGGAGAACAUUGCAGCGCUCAGAUAUCGCUUCUGCUCUGGCCAAGUCGGACAUGUUCGAUUUCCUCAUCGACAUUGUGCCUCGCGAGGAGGCGACGCAAGGUCGAAGCCGCGGUGCACAGCACGCCAAUCAAGCAGCCGGCAUGCCACAAGGCGGCGUGCAACAGCAGACGGGCAUGCACCCACCGCCAGCGCAGCAGAUGCCACAAGACUACGCAAUGGACCCGCACGGUAUGCAGCCUGGCAUGUAUCCUCCACCCGGCAUGGGGGGGCAGGAUCCGCCCUUGCCGUACGGCCAGUAUCCGCAGCAGAUGUUCCCCGGCGGUGACAUGUACGGAGGCUAUCCCUCGAUGGGACAGCAGCCCGCAGUCAGUGAUUCCUGA